CUGGGUUUCAUAGCAUCUCAUUAAAUUAACAGAUUGCGAUUAAACGACUUAUGGAGGGGAGUAGAGAUAGAAUGUGUUGAAAGAGAUUAUUUAGCUGAGAAAAGAUUAGCUGGAAAGGAAUUUGAAGAGAAGAAGAAGGAAUUGAAAGAAAACCUUUUGCUGGAGCUAGAAGAUAAGAAGAAAAUCAUUGAACAGGAGAGAUUCACACUUGAACUCACAGGAGACUCCAUGGAGUAUAAACCAGUUUCAACUCGAAAGCUGCGUCGAAGAGGUAAUGAGCCUGCACCCAUUGUAGAAAAGCGGCGCAAACCUGUUUCUAACACACUUCAACUCUUGCUUGAAGAGCGUGAGGUAGAUGAAGACUUGAAGCUCAUCAACAAGAGCAAGCUCAUUAAUAUGAAGAAAACCUCACCUGCCAUUGCUCCUCCUGAGCUUAUAGGAAAUGAACCAAAAAUUGAAAAUGGAAAGCUCUAUUUUGAUAAAAAAUGGUUUCAUAAAGGCCAAGCUGUGAUGAUUGAGUGCAAAGAUGGUACCCGAUUCAAUGCCAUUCUCACUGUUGCAGGGAAUGAUAUGAUCAUGGUUAGGAAAGUACCAGACAACAUUCGCUUGAAAAUCACCCUCGCCCAAUUGGCACAUGGGAAAUACUUGGUGCGCCGUAGGAGUUCAACGUGACAAGCAGAGGAUGUGUAUGCUGUGGGUCCAAGCUUCUUUUAAACCAGACCAUGAGUUUUUCAACAUCAUUCUGUUGACACACUAUGUGCAAUGCAAAUGGAUUUGCAGUCAUAUUCUGAUUUGGUGUGCCUUUCUGUUCAAAGAAAACUACACAAGUGGAGUAAAAGGAAUCUGACCUUAUUGCAGUUCAAGUCGUAUGACAUAAGUGGUGGAUAUUGAGAACUCAGGUUUCAGUAUUACUUAAUAUGGGAGUCUCUUUCUGCCUUUACCUUACAUGUGAAGUACAACAGUAAAAUUAGAUUUAAUGAUAAAGGGACUUGAAAUGCAUUUAGACUUAGGCAAGAUAUUUUUAUUGUAGCACAUUAAGCCUUGACAGAAUUAAAUAUGAAUUUAUUACA